AACGAGGUAACUUGUGUCGUGAGAUAAUUUAGAAUCCCCCCUUAACACGACUAACCCUGUCUUAUUCUCGAAAGAUUUUUCAUUUUAACAUCUAUGCCACGACAUAUUUUCUAUUGUCGUUCUUUCCGCUGAUUGUUGAUUAUCGAAAGAUAUUACCAUUGCUCAUAGUGAAAUAUCUCUAUAUCAGCUUUGUGAGUUCCUCAGUGAUAUUGUAAACACACGGUAGGGAGCCCGUUCCAAGGAACAUGAAUCCAAAAAUUCAUUCGUCUUUUUACUCGGAGCGUCGCAACAUUCAGCGCCGUCAUAGCUGUUGUACGUUAACGUUAUACAUUACGCUGAUGUGCAUUAGAAGAAAGCUAAUGGAAUGAGCAAAUUCUAUGUUUACGUGUUUUAGGAUUGAAAAGAUGUCGCCGUGAUGUUACAUCGAAGCGCGUCGUCGCGACGCCGCCGGGCGUCACGAAGUGUUGCAAACUCGAGUCAUCCUGUUUCAUCUCCUACGAGCAGAGGACGUCGAGCAAGCGUUGCCACGGAAAAGCCUGAUCUUUUGACUCAGAUCAGUCCUUACAGCACGAUGGAAAGACAGAAAUCGCCGAGAGGAAGCGUCGUACCGAAUAUAGCACUCGAUGUUGAAAAUGAUUUGCCGGAAGAGGGCAGCGGUCGAAGGAUUUUACCAGAUCUGGAUUAUGGUGGAUCUCGCAACAAUUUAACAGCAGACAUUGCUCGAAGUCCACGUAACUCCUUGAUACCUGAGGAUUACUGUAGAAGUCCUCGUGGUUCUUUGAUACCCGAUUCUGGUCGAAGUCCACGCAACAGUCUGGUACCGGACAUAAGUAGAUCAGCGCGAAACAGUUUGACCCCGGACGCUCCUCAUAGUUCAAGACAUUCAUUGGUCCCCGACGUGGCUUACAAUCGCAGUCCACGAAAUAGUCUGAUACCUCUCGGUGGUUCAAGGACAUCUCUAAUGGCAGAAAAUGGAAAUAUAACGGGGAACCGUAGUCCCAGACACUCUUUGAUACCAGACUCGGGUAGAAGUCCACGCGGGAGCGUAGCAAAUCUGGAAUUUGAUCGUAGUCCACGUGGUUCUAUUUGUCCUGAAAUAGUUAGGACUGGAAGAACGGGUGCGACGACGCCGUUAGAAAUCGAUAGAAGUCCACGAGGAUCCUUAAGUUCCGAAUGCGCGAAUCAGAGUCCACGAGGUUCGAUAGCACCGGAUCCUAAUCGUUCUCCAAGGGGUUCAAUCGCGCCGGAUCCGAAUCGUUCUCCGAGAGGGUCUAUUUGUCCCGAGGGAAAUCGCAGUCCACGUGGUUCAAUAGUUACCCACGAACAAGCAAAUAGAUCUCCUCGUGGCAGCAUUGUCGUUAACGAUUUGGAAAGGCAUUGCAGAGGUAUCGCUGGUCACAACGACGAGGAGAACAGAAGUCCCAGGGGAAGUAUAGCUCCGGAGAGUAUCGACAGAAGUCCCAGGGGUAGCCUCGGUGGAGGACUGGAUAGAAGAAUUACCAAAAGCAAUUUGACAUUGCAGGAUCCGAGAAGAGCUUCCGCCGAUCAAGGAACUGUGAGAAGCCGUAGUUCCUCGCCCUAUCGUCAAAAGGAUAUGAAUUCUAGUAACGUAAGAUCAGCAGGGAAUGGAGCUCAAAUUAAUCUCGCACACGGUGGGAAUUCUUGGACGGAAUCCAGACGAGCAAGUAGUUCCGUUUCUCAGUUUUCAGGCGAUGAGUCGCGUCGAUUGUGCGCCGGAAUUAUCAAAAUACCAGAGAAGGGCACUUUGGAAACCGCAAACCUCGGAGUGGCGACCUACGGUUCCGUGGUCUUUCAACUGAAGGACGCCCAUCUCGAGGCCAACGGCACGUGCGACUUCGUUUUCCGUGCUCUGAGGGUCAUUAGCAAGACAAUGAUAGUUACCAUAUGUCUUGUGGUCCUUUCUACUAUGCCUAUUCUGAUGUUUAUUCUAGGUAUACAAUUCAUCAAAGACUGCCCGAGGGAACCACACAUUCCUCUCUACAUGUUGGUCGGUGGUAUUUUGGGCACCAUUAGAAUGUUUUGGUCACUUUACUCUCAAAUACGUUCCAGAAGACCAGAAGCUCUUACCGUUCCUAAUACCAGAUCUUAUGUUUCACCCACGAAGUUGAUUUCGAUAGCUCUCUCGUGCUUCCUCGUCGGUUGGUUUGCUUUAGGAAAUUAUUGGAUACUCAGCAUCGAAUGGCCGGAAUAUGCACCAAUGCUUUAUGAUCCCGACCGAUGGUGCCACAAAACGCUCUACAUAUUCUCUCUGGUUCAUCUCUGCAUUGUUUACGUGGCAAUAGCGGCGAGUCUUUUGCUCUCUCUUGGCCUAGCAUUUUGUAGAAUUUGUGCGUGUCCUUGGCCCGAAAGAUACAAAUAACCACGGCGUUCUAUUCGAUCGCCAGACAUUCGAGAGAAGUCAACGGCCAGUAAGAGAUAUCAAGAUAGAGAUUUGCUCGGAGGAAAAAUGCUUAAAGUGGUGGAGGUAGAGGAAGACGAAGAGGAAGAGGGCUCAAACGAGCAAGGUAAUGAGGUCGUCCAGAAGUAUAGUAGUAAAGUACAGUUUCGUGCGCCUGAUAUCAUAGAGUUGUAAGGUACUAGGAAAAUGGGCGGAAGAUAAAUCGACUCCUUCCUGGUCGAUCUUAACGAGUUGGGCGGGGGACGGGGGAGGGCGUGGGCAGUAAGGGAGAGAUGGGACAAAAGAAGAAAAAAAAGUAGUACCUUGCUCGUUGAAUUUCAAACUAUCGGUCAAACUAGUAAAAAUAAAGUUCGCUCUUUAUCAAGAAAAGAAAAAAAAAAAAGGAAAAAAAGAAAAAAGAAAAAAAGAAAAAAAAAGAAGAUCAUUGCUGCUUCGUAAAAAGUAUAUAACGAGUAUAAUAAGCGAUCUUUCGAUAAACUUUCGAAUUCAUUGUACGUAGAUCGUACGUGAUAAUUUUCGAGUAAUCGUACGAUAUUAAUUGUGAAAACUUAGAGAAAGAAGAAAUAUACGAUGAGAUGGUAUAACGGAUAAAGAGGAGACGAACGAAGAGGCUUGCGCAGGUAACGUAUCGUUAAGUAGAAAAGAUCCAUUAUAUCCGGACUGUUUUAACGCUUUAAUUAAAGAUAGAAAACAAGUGAUCCGUUUACCCGACGAACCAGCUGCGCAAGCUUUAUUAAAAGACGGACAAAGCAAUGAAAAUUUUCCUUUCGAAAUUCCUCGUGGAAUUGGCCAAAAUUAUGAUCGCAAAAUAAAGAGAGAGAGAAGCUUAAAGUUGAAGGAUCGAUAAGUGUCAACAGGCCAUGCAUUUGUCCAUUCUGUAUCUAGUCGGUGGAGAAUGGAUUUUCGUAAAAAACGAAAUCGUUUUUACGAUAGUAACAAAUGUUCCUCUUUUUCUUCUUUCAAUCGAUGCGUGUUGAACACGCAAUGUUCGAUGGACCAAUACAAAACAAAAACAAAAAAAAAACAAAAGAAACAAGAAAAGAAGUACGAAGCACGUAACAACUAACGCAAGAAAAUUCCCGAUCUCGUUCAAUCCUUACAAAUUUUCCUUUACGCCCGUGAUAUAUAACAUUUUCUAUGAGAACAUUGGUUGAAUCGAGUACGGUAUAAUUCGUUACUUGAUUUAUUGAAAAGAUCCUUUCGAAGACGGAAAAAUUCGAACGUUGCAAUUUAGAUAUCACGAACUGAAACGGUUACGAUCGUUCCUUCGAAAUUUGAUUUCAACUUUUCAACGCGAUAUUCGUAUCUUUCUUUAACAUCGGACAAGCAUCGAUCGUUUCCGUCGUUGCGUCGUGGAUGUAAGUGCGAUAGGAAUAUAGUUUCUCGAUUUCUCUUGGCAACCAUCGAAGGUCGUAAGUAAGUGAAACUAUUUGAGCACAUACAUACGUGCUCGAUUCAACUUUUAAGAAAAGUGAGAAAGAAGGAAAGGAAAUCAAGCAAUGAACGUCUUUAUUUUUCUACGACUUUCUAAGGUCCCUGUGGAAAAGAUGGAGACUCAUUUUUUCUUCUUUCUUUUUCCUUAUUUCUCUGUGCGUUUAUAUGUUUCUCUCUCUCUCUCUCUCUCUCUCUCUCUCUCUCUUUCUCUUUUUCUCUUUCUUUCUCUUUUUCUUUCUCGCAUGGACGAAAUUAAAGUAUCAACGUAAGUGAUAACCCAUAUACAUAUAUCUAAGUUUUAUAUCUGUCAUCAAACGCAGAUAUAUUUUGAUUUAUGAAAGUCGAAAGAAUAGGUAAUUAUGCACGUAUAUAUAUAUAUAUAUAUAUAUAUAUAUAUAUAUAUAUA